UGUCACAUUCGUUUUGGCUCCGCCUAGAGGAUACAGCUCCGCCUCUGAAAAUUGUACGGUCAGACAACUGAUCCUGAGCGGACUCGUGUCUGAUUCGCAUACGCGGACGCGACAAACCAAACCGGCGCGCGCCGCCUAGAGUUAUAGGCUCCGCCUACGCGCGCUGAGCCGACCAAUGUCUGCACCCGCAGACGUGGACGCGCCUACUAGCGUGUACGCGCAUGAGCCAAGAUCUCUGGACUUUCUUUGCUGGAACACGAACGUAAGUAUAGAUUUAUUGAUUUAUUGCUACAUUUGCAGUAAAGAUCAGCCUUUGUGUUUCCAUCAUCGUUUAUGUAUGAUUGUAAUGACGUUGUUUGAUAUUAGGACUAGCAGUAAAACUUUAUAUUCUGUAAAAAAAGGCUUUAUUUCCAGCGCCGCCUCCCAGAAUGCUUUGCAUGGGGACGUGCGUCUGACGUCACGUAUACAGAAAAUUCGAAAUGGCUGCACGCGAAAGUGAAAGUUUCCCGCGUGAAGCCGUGGAGCUCGAGAUCCUGUUUACUGUGGACUAGCUGUGUGUGACGCCAUGUUGUUUUUGUUUCCAUUACAAAAAAAAGCUCCACCGUCUCGCCGAGUGCCAGCAAGAGUCAUGAGUACUUGUCAACUCGACUCCUCAACUGGAGAUAACUUUCUAGCACCUCACCAUGGGGAAGGAUGUAUUCAUAUGCCUUCACCAGCACAUGCAUUUAACAUGCAGAGAGUUACACAAGUUCUUACCACCUUGGGGCACCAUUCAGACAACUACAAAGACGCAUUAAAAAUAAUGCAACAAUAUGGAAAGGGCUGCAACACCUCAGACCUGCAAUCAGAGGCAGAGAACAAGGAGCUGCCAGAAAAAAGGAACAGGAAGCCAGUCCAUCGUCUCUGGGACUCAGAUGAUAGCGAAGAAGACCCGGGAAAUAGUGACCUCACAUCUCUGGGGUUGGCAAGCCAAUUGCACAGGCAGACUCCACCGUCUCACCGAGUGCCAGCAAGAGUCAUGAGUACUUGUCAACUCGACUCCUCAACUGGAGAUAACUUUCUAGCACCUCACCAUGGGGAAGGACGCAUUCAUAUGCCUUCACCAGCACCUGCAUUAAACAUGCAGAGAGUUACACAAGGAACGGCAGUCCCUCCUCGACUCCCUCCACCCCCCUCACCAGCAGCCCUCAACAUGUGGCAGACCCAGGAGCCUGGAUCCAGCCUGGCCUACAGGCCAACAUGGCGAGGGGGAAGAAUGGCCGACAACAUUUCCUGCUCUGCGCCUGAGGUAAUCCACAUCCUUAGCCUGCUGGAAACUAUUAAGCACAACCAAGACCAGCUGAUUGCGAAGGUGAGUAAAAAUGUGUUGACAAGGUCAGCCACGGACGCUGAGGUCACCAAACACGCCAUCAGGUGGUUCAACUUGGCGGGGGAUCGGGCCACGAGGAGACGAGUCCCGCUUCCACCUCCUCAGGAGGAAUAGAGAUGU